GUAUAAAAUUAAGAGGAAAAGAUCGUGGCCAAGCGCUUCUGCCCCCUAGCACCAAGAAGUGACUGGCUUGGGGGAGUAUUAACUCAAGUGUCACUAAUUUCACAUUAAAUACUAUUAAUUAUGCUUUAAAUAAAAAAAAUUGUUGUGACAAAAAAUUACCUUUUAUUUUAAUUUAUUUUACCUUUUUAUUAAGUUUAAGCUGGUAAUACAAAUGGUGUAAUAUUUAAUUACAUAUUAAUUUUUUUUUGUAAUAAACAUUUUUCAUAUUAUAGCAUAUUUUUAGUUUUGUGUGUAUCUUGUACUUUGAUAUUCUGUUUUAAAAGCACAAUUUUAAAAUAAAAAGAGUUAAACUAUAUAAGUA